AUGGGCCGCGACACGAUUUCCCAAGUGACAGUCGAGACGGAUGCGUCUCGCUCUCACCAUGAAAGUCCCAAGGAUAACGAGAGACUCACAGUCAACGAGAACCAUGUACUUCAAGAACGGAGGAUUGGUGUGCUGGGAGCCAUCUCUCUGGUUGUUAACAAGAUAGUUGGCGCUGGAAUCUUCUCUACACCCUCAACUAUCUUCAAGCUCUCUGGCAGUGUAGGAUUGUCGCUGAUACUCUGGGUGGUGGCCGGAAUCAUCUCUGCCUGUGGUGCCCUGGUGAUGCUGGAAUUCGGCAGCGGGAUGCCUCGAUCGGGAGGCAUCAAGGUGUAUCUGGAGCGAUGCUUCUCUCCGAAGCAGAUGCAGACUUGCAUCUAUCUUUUCUUCUGUUUGUUCUUACAGGUCUCUGCAAGCAAUGCGAUCACUGCCUCGGAGUAUCUCCUAUCAGCUGCUGGGGUAGACUCCACGACCUGGAAGGAACGAGGGCUAGCAAUAGCGGCCGUAUCAUUUGCUGUCGGCGUCCACACCUGUGCUCCCCGGCUCGGGCGCGCAAUGCAGGAUUUGCUGAGCAUGGUCAAGCUCUUCACAUUACUGUUCAUCGUGUGUACUGGAUUCGCAGCUUUGGCUGGCCAUCGGCGCAUCCCCAACCCUCACAACUUCGACCUGAAAACAUCCUUUGAAGGCACUUCGAAGAACGGAUAUGACAUCGGUACGGCUCUGCUGGACGCGAUAUUUUCGUACCAAGGGUACGAUAAUGUGAAUGCGGUCCUCUCCGAGGUAAAGAACCCGGAACGCACCCUCCGCAUCGCACUCCCAUCCGCCAUGGGGAUCAUCACGGUGUUGUACGUUCUCGCUAAUGUCGCCUAUUUCGCUGGUGUAUCCAAAGAAGAAUUCCGAUCAGCCAACGUCACGAUUGCUGCCAGCCUAUUCCGCAAUGUGUUCGGUGAGACAGCCGCAACGCGAGCCCUACCCGCUCUUGUAGCUUUGUCCGCUAUCGGCCACUUGUUGGGAGUUGCGUUUGUCGUCCCGCGCUUGCUGCAAGAGUUAGCGAAAGACGGCAUCACCCCAUUUCCAGACAUCAUGAUGCAGAACCGACCGUUCAAGACCCCGAUCGCAGCACUAUUCGUCCAUCUCUGCGUCACGAUUCUAUUUAUCUGUGCUCCACCAGCAGGGGAUGCUUUUUCAUUCGUCAUUGGUCUUUCCUCGUAUCCCAUGUGCGCCCUCUUGACUGCCAUUACGGUGGGUCUGGUGAAGAUGCGAUUGACUACAUCCGAGGGGUGGUCGUCGUCCUACACUGCGCCAUGGCCGGUCAUUGUGUUCUACUUAGCCGCCAAUGUUUUCCUCUUGGUCAUGCCUUUUGUUCCGCCAAAUUCGAGCACAUCGAGUAUUCCUUACUGGCUUAGUCCGGUAGUAGCCCUGGGGAUUCUUGGGCUGGGUGUGAUAUACUAUCUACUCAGAUUUGUUCUGUCGCCAUGGGUGUUUGGCUACAGUCUUCGUCCAGUGACCAAGGAUUUGACUGAUGGCUCGCGGGUCGUACGCUAUCGCAUGCAGAGGAAUAGUUCUCAUGAGGGGACUGCCGAAAUAUCUUACUAA